AUGUACACAGACCCCAAAAUGGGAACCCGCAGAUCUUUUCAGUUGAACUCAAUGGAAUGAAGUUUUUUUUUUUUGCGAAAAGAGCUUGCUUGAACACACGUGCUCGGCGCUCCUCCUCAGGAGGAAGGCCGAGCGCAGACCAUACCCGGAUGUUUUUCCCGGAUGAGGGUCAAACACUCGUGCUCGGCGCUCCUCCCCAGGAGGAAGGCCGAGCGCAGACCAUACCCAAAUGUUCUUCCCGGAUGAAGGUCAAACGCUCGUGCUCGGCCCUCCUCCUCAGGAGGAAGACCGAGCGCAGACCUUACCCGGAUGUUCUUCCCGGAUGAAGGUCAAACACUCGUGCUCGGCGCUCCUCCUCAGGAGGAAGACCGAGCGCAAACCAUAACCGGAUGUUCUUCCCGGACGAAGGUCAAACACUCGUUCUCGGCGCUCCUCCUAAGGAUGAAGGUCGAGCGCAGACCAUACCCGGAUGUUCUUCCCGGAUGGAGGUCAAACACUCGCGCUUGGCGCUCCUCUUUGGGGAGGGAAGUCAAGCGCAGGCCAUACCCGGAUGUUCUUCCCGGACGAAG